GUCGGUUCUUCUAAAAUCUUCACUGUCGGACCCACAUCCACUAUUGGUUACUUUCUUGGUACCUUAUUUUAGUAUCAAUCAGAACAUCAAUCGUGAUCGAUCCCCAUUUCAGAACUGUCUGUGGAUGACUUUUGGCAGCUCCUUUCUGAAAAAAUCAUGCUGCUCUUAUGUGGCAGGAGUCUGAAGAUCGGUGAUCUCCAUUCCACAAUAAGAUCCGCAUUUCUACCUCGACUCUACUUGUUUAUAAUAAGAAGCGGAUGAGGGUAUUUGAUUUAUUCCAGAGGACCGUACUACUCGUAGUUAAAAACAGAAGAUUUUGUUUCUCAUGUCUCCUACAAACGUAAUCAUAAUAAAUACUAGCAAAAUUGUAGUCAUCCUCAUCGCUUAUUAAACCUGAAGCAGGAGGUUAUUUUUAGAAUUUGAUGUUCAUCUCCACUCUACCUUCACGUUCACCUUCAACAGGAACAAACAUCAUAAAUAAAAAGGUCGAGGAAAGUCUACUUCAUAGCAAACGCAUCCCUCAAGAACAAGGCUUUCUAUCGGAGGUAGAGUUUUCGAGAAGGAGCCGUGUUAUCAUUAAUCAGUUCUUCUCGCUUCGUGUGUGAUUCUUCUAGUUGUUGGAGUUCGAUUAGUCAUUUUUUUAGUUUACGUCGUCAGUCUGUUAUCAAUCAACUACGAAUUUAUUUUCAACGAGUCCAGCGCAACCGUAGAGAAACGCCCCUCCUGAUUGUCAUCUAUUCUUCUUUUCUGUUUAUAAUUAUGGUCCCGGAAGAUGGGGAUCCCAUUAGCUUAAGCUUAGGGUUAUUCGACUUGUAAUAUGAUAUAGGUUCCAGGGCGCGGGGCGACGCCCCCCCCCAAGUCACUCCCUAGCGCGGGGGGGGAGGGGGGGGGGCCGGGCGCCCUGGCCCCCUUUUGGAGGCGUCUGCCGGGGGCGGAAGGCCUCAAAAGGGGGCCAAGGGGCUGCCCCCUUCUCGUUUGUAUGUACCCUACAGACUCGAGGGGCCCUCGAUGGUGGUAGGAGGCUUCAAAAGGGGCCCAAGGGAUCGCCUGCGCCCCCGUCCAGGUGCCUGCCUGUGCCCUCAGUGCAUCCCGUAGGCUUCGCCGCCGCAACAGUGCACCGGCAACGGAAGCCCUCCGAAGACGGCAAAGGGCGAGGGGCUGGACCCCUGAGACGUGCCGCCUGUACCCGCAGGGCCCUUGCUCAUCGGCUUGCUUGCUCUUGCGACCGUGGGCGCCUCCGGCGGCCUUUUCCCCCAGAGGCCUCCCGCCUGCGAGGGUCAGCAGAGGCCAGCCAGGCGGUCCCUUCGGAACACGCUGAGAGGCCCAAGGGGAGGCCCGCGCCAAGUUUUGACGCCUCCCAACACUAGAAUCCGCGAAAAAUCCGCGCGAAAAAGCGCGCGGGCGCGCCACCACAGACCAGACCACAGGGGGGGGGAGGGGGGGGCCGUGCGGCCCUGCGUCAUAUAUUUACAACAACUAGAACGCUAUUUCUACGAGUACUUUUUUCUAUCCUUGGUACUUCUACCUUUAACUUGUAUGAGAAUGAUGAAAUAGAGGCAAACGACUUACUAGUACUACGUUUUUACUGUGCAUGUAGUACAUGUCUAUCAUAAUCUCCAUCACGAUCACAUUAAAGAUCAAGAAAUGAUGGACAGCACUCCCGGAAGUCGGGAGGCGUCAUUCAUGACGCUCUUUCUCCCCUCGGAAAUUCCGAAUCAGCCCCUGGGAGAUGAGCCGCUCAGCUCGAGUCCCGAGAAUGAGGCCGUGCUAUCAUGGAUACUGGAAUUUACGCAGUGGCAGCAGAGUUCGGAACGAAAGGUCCCCGUUGCGCGAAAUAGACAACAUAAAGAUGAUACUCGGCCCGUGGAGGAACUAUCCCGACUGGCGGAACGCUUUUGUCGUCUGCAUAUGAAUACAACGACCGUCAACGGGCUCUGCAGCAAAGCGCUGAAAGGUGAGCUCGAAACUUUGCAGGUAGAUGAGUAUCUGCCUGUCUGGGUGAGAAAGCAAAAUGCUUGCAUCUUGGUGUACUGGCCUGGGAAGUUCACGCGCCUGGUAUUGAUAUUAUGAAACAGACGAGUAUUGUUGUGCAAACCCUGCCACGAUCUGCUGUUCGAGUCCCGUGGACGCACUUAAACUCUGGGUCCGCAUUUGGCCGACCUUUCCAAUAGGGAUCUUGAGCGCGCCUGUCCUCAUACUCAUAAGGCAGGAUCGAAUCGCGUGGAAGUGCGAGACGUCAAUUGCGCACAGUACAUCGUGGAGUAUCUGCUCACGGCUUUGGGACGAAAGCUUGUAGCGAGCUCUGGUCAUGAGCAGGAGAAUGUCAGUGCAGUGCAAAAGAAAAUGCGGGACGAGGUACGCUACGAAAGCAGCUUGUAUCCUUGGCGGCGGGCCCCCGCGUGGAUCUCGUUCAAAGCAGCAGCUCACCUAGACCUUGUCCUCGUCCACGACAAGAAAUACAAGAGCAUGCUUGAAGGUUUUUCUAAUCAUGAUCUUGUUGAGCUGGGAGAUAAUUGACGCGGACUAUAUCAACAAGAGACGAUGGCCGGUAACGCUCGCACUGCGGUGAUUGGGUACAAAAAGUGGGUUGUGAAAUUCCUGGCUUUUGUGUCGGAGCGCAGUUUAUCCAAGACAAGCGUGACAUUGACGAUGUCGUGCCGACUGGAAGCUGCUCGAAAAUUGACGUGCCGUCUUGAAAAGCUAGAGCUAGCGAGCGCUGCAAUGGGUGGAGGUCAUGCAGGCUUAGCCUUCUUGGGUGAAGAUUGGAAGGCCACUGUGGCUUACGUACGCAAGGUCGGAGCUGCAGCGGCUGGGUGCGUGCGAAAGGACUGGGAACGCAGACAGGCAGAGACGGUGAUCGAUUGCAGCAUGCAAAUAUCCGAACUGAAGCAGGAAUAA